AUGUUACUUAUUAAUUGUCCUAUGAUUGGUCUUUCAGCAACAGUUAAUAAUGGAGAUGAAUUACGUCAUUGGAUUGAAUACAUUGAAAAUCAACGUUCUAAAUUAUUUCAAACAUUAAAAACAUGUCGAAGAUGUUUUAUAGCUCAUCAUGAACGUAUGGCUGAUUUAAAUAAAUAUUUAUAUUCAAAUCUACAAUUACAUCCAAUUCAUCCAAUUGGUCUAAUGAAUGCAAAACAAUUAAUAACACGAGGUGUUCCCAAAGAUUUUUCAUUAUCACUUUACGAAACUUUACAAUUAAAUGAUGUUAUGCAAAACUUGUCAACUAAUAGAAAAGAUCAAAUUAGAAAUGCAAUGGUGAUUGACCGUCACUUAUGCAAUGUUAUGUAUAUUAGUAGUCAUCGAAAAGAAAAUGGUGUUGACGUAAAUUCAAUACCAAUGUUAACACAAUAUUUUGAACCUGAUUGGAUAAUCGAACGAACUAAAUAUAAUAAUUAUUUGCGACUUGUUCGUAAUCAAUUUCAUAGUUUAAUUGAUAAUAAAGAAAAUACAAUUAUUGAUUCAAUUGUAACAUCUCUUAAAACAAUUUCUUCAAAAGAUAUUCAUUAUCCUGAAACAAAACCAACAUCAUUUAUUAAUAAUUAUUGA